ACAUACUUGGACAGCCAUCUUCAACACCACUGAAGCAUUGUUCACUUGUAUUUAUCAAGCACAUUACAAACCAUUUUCACUACCGUUAAAUCUUAUACUCUCUCACUAGAAGAUCAUGGGGAUUCGUUUGCUGACAUUUGUUCUUCAUGCCAAGCAAAUUCUCAAGCCAAGGUCUGUUCACAGCCAGUCCUCAUCUUCUCCUGUGGCAACAUCAUCGGAUGUCCCGAAAGGUCAUUUUGCAGUUUAUGUAGGAGAGAAGCAGAAGAAUCGAUUUGUGGUUCCAUUGUCAUACUUGAAGCAUCCAUUGUUUCAAGACUUGUUGAGGAAGGCUGAGGAAGAAUAUGGGUUUGAUCAUCCUAUGGGUGGUCUCACCAUUCCAUGCAGUGAGGAUGCCUUCUUGAAUGUUGCUUCUCACUUGAAUCACUACUAAUCAAGGUGGAGGUCGAACAGGGUUCUAAAUAUAAGUAGAUACAUAUUGUAUUAGUUGAUGUUGUCUGAUAUUAACUGGCAUCUGAUCGUAUUGCCUUAUUUAAAAUCAUGAGUCUGAACACUAAAUUGUUCAUUUCUUGAUUAUUAGGAUGUAGAUAAUGAGUACUUCAUGUAGAUUGGGAGAAGUACAAUUUUAGCCCCCCUCCACCAAUUUUGUAUCCUCUUGUAAAGUUCUUACUAAUUUUGUAUUGGAAUUUCAAGGAAAAUUAUGAGUA